AAACACCCAACACCCAACACCCAACACCUCCAAACACCCCCCCCCAAGGCAUCCCCAGGCAUCCCGAGGCAUCCGCCAACCCGCCAGGCAGCCCACCGCUCAACCAAUAGGCAAAAAGAUGGCUAACAGAGCCGAAGAGAGGAACCAGGACGCCACCGUCUAUGUCGGAAACAUCGACGAGCGGUUUACAGAGACGCUGCUCUGGGAGCUCAUGCUCCAGACCGGCCGUGUCGUCAAUGUCUAUCUGCCCAAGGAUCGAGUCACACAAUCACACCAAGGAUACGGGUUUGUGGAGUAUCAGACCGAAGAGGAGGCCGACUACUCCAUCAAGAUCAUGAACAUGAUCAAGAUCUUCGGCAAGCCUCUUCGUGUGAACAAGGCCACCUCCGACAAGAAGAAUCUGGAUGUCGGAGCGACGCUAUUUAUUGGCAAUCUGGAUCCCGAUGUCGACGAGAAGCUGCUCUACGAUACUUUCAGUGCCUUUGGCGUGAUCAUACAGACACCAAAGAUCGCUCGAGAUCCGGACACCGGAAACUCCAAGGGCUAUGCCUUUGUGAGCUUUGAUAACUUUGACUCUUCGGAUGCGGCAAUCGAGGCUAUGAACAGCCAGUUUCUGAUGAACAAGUCCAUCACAGCCUCAUACGCCUUCAAAAAGGACGGAAAGGGCGAGCGCCACGGAUCAGCUGCCGAGCGUUUGCUGGCGGCCCAGGCACGGAAGAAUGAGCCGACGCAGAUGCCAAACCGAUUUUUCGCCGAUAUCCCUGGGGCCAAUCCUGCGGCAACGGCCCCGUCGAUUACUCCUGCGCCGCCAAUGCCGAUGCCCGGUAUGAUGGGCGCACCCGUGCUUCCAGGCCAAGCGCUGCCGCCGCCGAUGGGCCAGCCCAUGAUGAUGGGUGCGACGCCGACUAUCCCUCCGCCGUACAUGGGCCAACCUAUGAUGCCCCCACAGCAAUCGUAUCCGCCCUAUGGAACUCAGCCUGGCUAUGCGCGUCCUCCCAUGCCACAAGCCCCGUUUCAAUACCGACCCCAGCCUUCAUGGGGCCAGUGAUCCCCAGAGGUGCUUGGAGGGAUUGCGAUCCAUUGCAUCGGUUUCAUGAGUACGCUGCGUCGAUUUCAUGAGUACGCUGCGUCGGUUUCAUGAUCGCGCAGCCGAUCCAAUACAGACUGUGUUGCUGCA